UCAUCGAGAUUACAUCUCUAAGAGAUUAAGUCAAUAAAAAGCAAAUUAUUAUAAAGUUUGUGAACAUUUCGUAGAGCGAAAUUGCAAUUGUUUUGUGUUUCCUGAUAUUUUAAUAACAACAACAACAACAACAAAAAAUCAAGAAAAAUGUCUCUAGUACCUUUGAUGUUUUCGGAUUGGUGGGAGGAUCUCGACCGUCCUCAUCAUCUCCUUGAUCAACAUUUUGGUCUUGGUCUUCAUCCUGAUCAACUUUUGGCUCCACGUAGCAUGCUCCAUCAGCUUGUUCCACGAAAAUGCCCAGUGAAUUAUCGUAGACCAUGGGCAGACCUUUUGCGUGAGGAAGACGGAGGUGUUUCAACCGUGCACAAUGAUAAGGACAAGUUCCAGGUGCAACUUGAUGUUCAGCAAUUUAAACCUGAGGAAAUUGACGUUAAAGUCGUUGAUAAGUACGUCAUCGUCAACGCUAAGCACGAAGAAAAACAAGAUGAGCAUGGUUGGGUGAGUAGAUCGUUCACCAGGAAGUAUCUUAUUCCUGAACAAUGCAACAUUGAUUCGGUUAAGUCAUCCCUCUCAUCUGACGGAGUUCUAUCAAUCGAGGUGCCAAGAAAGGAACAGCCAAAACUACAAAAUGAGAAGGUUAUUAAAAUUCAACAUACUGGAAAACCUGCCAUAAAGGCAUCUGCUGAUAAAAAUACAAAGAUCCAAUCAAAGACCGAAGAGAAGAAGUAAAAGGUUUAUCAAAAAAAAAAAAAUGAUACAUUCUUCAAAUUUAAUUAAUAAUUCUAAAAUACAUACACUUUCACUUAAAUAUCUAAAUAACUUUACUGCCAAUUCAGACUGAGUGUUUAGAAAUACAUAUUUUUCCUUUAUGUAGUUUAAUAGUAAAACUAUUUUUGACAGAUUGUUAUUUAAAUUUAAUUUUUUGAUUUAAAAAAAAUACUUCUAAGAUACUUAUGAAAUCCAUACACAUAGCUUCUAUGACAUCUUUGUAUUCCUAAUUCUUCUGUGAUCUUUAAGUUAAUAAAAUGACAGUAAAUGUAA